AUGCAGGAGGAUGGCGCGGUCCUGAAGGAGGAUGGCGGAGAUCGGUCGGGUCUCGAUCUCGACGCCACCGCGCGGGACAGGGCCAUGGCGCAUGCCUUGCACAUGGAGGAGCUCCUGCAGGUGGAGGACUGGGACCUGCGCCGCUUCGAGUUCGAGGAGCCGCCCCCCGCCGGCGCUCAUGGACCGGCGGCGGUUUUCCACGCCGCGCCGGCGGGGCAGGCCGUCAAUCUUCAGUUCGCGUUAGGGCAGCCAAUCUUCGAAGGUACCGCCUUCGUCCACAUUGACGCGGUUGGGGCAGCAGUAGCUCCUCCUGCAGGAGGCUUCGGCAUGCAGGAGCUUGCUGCCGACCACGCCGCGGAGGGUCUGCAGUUCUUCGCCGCCGCCCAGGCCAACGCCACCGACAACCAGCAUGCCGCGUGCUCACCCUUGAGUGGCGGCCCCGGAGCCUUCAACCAGACGGCGCGCCAUGCCCAGCCCGUCGGCGGCGUCGAAUCCGUAACCAUCCGUUUGAGCAGGGCCGCAGAUGCCGUCAUCUCAGCAAGACAGGCCGUGCUCGGCAACGCUUCCUCCCCGGCUGUCCUCGCGGGCAUGGAGGAAGAGCACGACAACAGCUGGUACGAAUCCAUCCUAUGCGAGGCUCAGAGGAUGGAGCAGAUGGAGGAGCCGGGACUCUAUGAGCUAUCUCUCCAGACACUUCUUCCAAGCUCCCAGCAGGAGCCCUGCUACAGCUCCACCGAGGGAUCGGGCUUCCAGCCGUCUGAUUUCGACCCCGACGAGGAGCCUGGCCCGUCGACGGUGAGGGUGACGCCCCUCGGCGACGACGAAGUGCCCAAGUUCAACUGCGGCAUCUGCAUGGAGACCCUCCCCAUCCUGGACCUCUUCCACGGCAUGCAGUGCGAGCACAGGUUCUGCGUGGAGUGCAUGGCCACGUACAUCGAGGGCCGGAUCCACGCCGGCGAGGUGCCGAUCCCGUGCCCGGACCCGGGGUGCAGGGAGGGGGAGGAGGACAACCGCGCCCUGCACCCCGAGGUGUGCAAGAAAUCCAUCGACUUCACCGCGUUCGGCAACUGGGGCUACCGCCUCACCGAGGCCGCCAUCCCGGCGAGCCGCCGCGCCUACUGCCCCAACCGCCAGUGCGGCGUGAUGCUCGAGACCACAGGGGGUAAGACGCCGGCCAUGGCGUUUUGCCCGGCGUGCAGCCACCCGAUGUGCGCCACAUGUGGCACGGACUGGAGCUCUGAAGGCAGCGGCCAGCACGACUGCACCGAAGGACCGAGUGCCCAGCUCGUGAAGAAGCUCGCUGAGGAGCGUCGAUGGAAGCAGUGCCCAAAAUGCAGGAUGCUUGUUGAGAAGACGUAUGGAUGCAAUGUCAUGCGUUGCAGGUGCCAUUUCAUCUUCUGCUACUCCUGCGGGCUCCCAACGGGACGGCAAACGGGGAUGGAGCAAGGGGCCGUGCUGUGUCACUGCUAUUACACCGUCGAUGCUGCGCAGAUUCAUGCCGAGUGGCAUCAGCCCCAGUAA